GAUCACCCGACUGGACAGGACUAUUACUCGGUGAAGCAGAUCCCAUGGUAGCUGACCCCUCUCACGAUCGAUCAUCGCAUUCGAGAUGUCAUUGUUAGAUCUCAUGCGACCCCCUCUGAUUAUAGACUCGCGCGCACACUCAAGUUGAGAGAGAAUAGAGACAUCUACACCCCCCGGUCACCACCACCAUGCCACCGGCAAAGGCCCGCCCUCCUGCGGCGACGGACGAUUCGCGAGCCGAGAAUAAUUCCACUGCGAAAUCAUCUACGACGCAGACGAAGAAAGCAAAGAAUGCUGCAGCGGCACAGGCUCAGGCAACUCUACAGAAUGGAGGAUCAUUAGACAGCAAGGACAACACGAACGGCACAAAUGGCGUAGGCGCUACAGGAGCGGCAGCAUUGGCACAAGAAGCAGGAAUGUCCUGGUCCUCAGCGCCACUCUCAUUACUAGACACCUACCGAACCGCCCAUAACCUCUCGUCACCCUCGGCCUUCACCUCGCCCCGACGGCAGGCAUUGCUCACCAACCCCGGCAUCGGCCGACAUAGCCCGACGAUGGCACGACAGAAAGAUAAACGGCGCGUCCCGAAAGACCAACUCGCAUUGGCGGUACGGAAACAUUUCAACAGCGCGGCGGUGAACGAGAUCGAUGUGGUGGUAGAGGUGAUAUACCGAGUUAAGAACCAGGAUAAAGCGUUCAGAAUGCGCUCGGCUCCAAGCGGCGUCAAGAAGCCGUGAAUUUUCAUCAGCUACAGAAUGAUCUACAUGAGAGGAGUUUUGGGCGUUUAACGGAAGAAUCUCGAUCACAGUUUUCCGGUCUAUCUGGGCGGGUGCUAUUUUACAUCAGCAGGUCUGCUUCAGUCCGAUCUAUGCAAGGCAAGGUACAUGAAUGAGGAAAUGGAGUUGGGUGUUUUUUUCCAAUUGACAAGUCGAUUGAACCAUGAGACCGAAUCUCGAUGCUGGCUGGUACCACUAUCACGAUGCACUUGUUACAGCUCAAUACUCUUUAGUUGUAGCACUCUUAUUAGGAAAAUGUCUAGAUUGAUUUUUGUGUC